CCCAUCCUUGAAGUAUCUGCAUGGUGUUGCAGUGAUCCUCCACAUCAGUCCUCACAAUUCUCUCUGCCCUCUUCAUCCCUAAAGCGCCACAGAGAAUAUUAAAUUGUUCUGAAAACAUCUCCCUGCAAUGCUCCCCUUGCCAGUGCAUGCUGGGAUAGCCUCCAGGCUCCCAUUUACCCUGAACAGGAAUAAGCAGGAGACCAUGCUGGGUUAUCUCCUCUGGGUCGGCAUGCACAGUGCAGAAAUGGACGUGGAACACGGAUUCUAUCGGCAGGUGGAUGUCCAGCCCCAUGCUCACUACAUCGUUGCCUUCUUUGUCUUGGUGAUUGGAACAGUGGGUGUUACUGGAAACGCUUUGGUCAUGUACGCCUUUUCCUGUAACAAGAAGCUACGGACAGCCCCCAACUUUUUCAUCAUGAACCUGGCAGUCAGUGACUUCCUCAUGGCAAUCACACAGUCGCCCAUCUUCUUCGUUAACUCUCUUUAUAAGGGGUGGAUUUUUGGUGAAACAGGCUGUAAAAUGUAUGCCUUCUGUGGAGCUUUAUUUGGAAUCACUUCCAUGAUCAACCUCCUGGCCAUCUCUGUAGACCGCUACAUCGUCAUCACCAAGCCCCUGCAGGCCAUACAGUGGACAUCCAAGAGACGCACUUGCCUCAUUAUUGCCUUGGUCUGGCUGUACUCACUAGCCUGGAGCCUUGCACCUCUUUUGGGGUGGAGUUCGUACAUACCAGAGGGCCUGAUGACCUCAUGCACAUGGGACUAUGUGACAUCUACUCCUGCCAAUAAAAGUUAUACGUUGAUGCUAUGCUGCUUUGUGUUCUUCAUCCCUCUGGGCAUCAUAUCUUAUUGUUAUCUGUGCAUGUUCCUGGCAAUCCGUCAUGCAAGCAGAGAUGUGGAGAAGUUGGGGUAUCAGGUGAGGAAGUCCACCCUGAUCCAGCAGCAGUCCAUCAAGACUGAAUGGAAACUGGCCAAGAUUGCCUUUGUGGUCAUCAUAGUGUUUGUGCUUUCCUGGUCGCCCUAUGCAUGUGUCACCCUCAUCGCCUGGGCUGGAUACGGAAGCAUCCUCAGUCCUUAUUCCAAAGCUGUCCCUGCUGUUAUAGCCAAGGCCUCGGCCAUCUACAACCCUUUCAUCUACGCCAUCAUUCACUCUAAAUACAGGGACACCAUGGCAGAAAAGGUUCCCUGUCUACACUUCCUCGCCCAGGCCCCCAGGCGGAAGUGCAUGUCAGUGUCACACAGCGAAACCUCCCUCAGGGACUCGAUGCUGAGCAGACAGUCAUCGGUCUCCAAAACCAAGUUUUACAGAGUUUCAUCCAUGUCUACAUCAGACACACAGGUUUGGAGUGAUGUGGAGCUGGAUCCUAUGGACCAGAGCCACUGUGUGAGGUCCAGCUAUUCCCUUGGAGCUCUGAGGGACAAAGACCACAAGUCAUUAGCUAAGCAGACCAAAGUAAAGGGAAGCCACAGCCAGGAGCAGAUCCACAUCCCAGAGUGGGGCUCUUUGAGCAGAUGUGACCGCACCCUAUCGCCUGAGUCUGUCAACACAGUAAUGCCCCCGACCUUGGGGAGGAGAAGGGAGGAGAAUCCUGGAAGUUGGACUAAACAGGAUGAUAAGCAAGAGAACAAGGGUGAACGUGGACAGAGAGAGGCACAGCAAGUAAAGAAGGAGAAAAAUGAGCAGGAGUUGCAGAUCUGCAUACAGACAGACUCUACGGACAGCGUUGUUUGUGUGCACUCCCAAAGGAUCAUUGGACCCAACUCAAAGAAAGGCCCUCUGGAUCACGGCGAUAGUGAGGCAAAGCAAAGCACACAAAGCAGACAGAGAGAACUGUUGCUGGAUUUACAGCUUCUGGACUGUCCUGCUCAGGUGUUUGAGUCUGUGCAAAGAUUUCUAAGCUAAAUGUUAAAUAUGUUUAUUUAUCUAUGUGGCUUUGUGUGACCGUUGCACAGCAGAGUAAACGCAUAUGGGUUUUUUUUGUUCAGAGAUGUUGAGGUAAUCUCUUUAAGCAGCUGUUCAAAUUUCUAUCUCAACUGUUUAGCAAUGCAACCAAAUACAUUUGUUUAUUGGUUUUAUCGUAUUCACACAGCUGUUAAUGUCAUUGACGUACUGUAAACCUCCUCUGUUCGAGCUUGCUGUUAACAUACAAGAUAAUGCUACCCAUGUUUUUGUUAAAGUCCACGGUAUAAACAACACUGUCACAGUCAAGAAAAAAAAGUCUUACAAAUGGAACUUGAACUUCAAAUAACUUUUUUUAAAAAGUUCAAAAUAUAUAAUGCACUUUUGUAAAAAAAA